AAUGACAAAAACAUCAAAACUCUCAUGUUUUUGUGAGUAAAUGAAAUGUCGAAUGUAGUUCUUCGUUUCAGCUGUAAACUGCUUCCACGUUGAAGGUCAAAAAUUUGCUCCCGUUUUUGCACAAGUACUAAUGCCUAAGAUGACUUUUAAAAUAUUGGAAGAGACAGAAAAUAAGCCAGAGGAAAAACAUAAAAAACUAGUGGAAGUUAAUGGAUUAGUGAAGCGUGCAACCCAGAAACAUUUUAUUGACAAUCGAGAGGUUUUGCAACCUAUUUGUAAUGGGGUAAACCAAGGAGUGAAGAGAAAAUUUAGCUAUGAAGAGAAAACUCUGGAAGAGCCUCGAUUACGCAAAACUAUAAAAGUAGUUUUCGAAUUUCCUGAGUUAUCUGAGGAUGCCGUACAAUCUGAAACCUGUACAGCAAUUCAAACUGGAAGGCAGAAUGAAGAAGUGUAUUCGAAUGAUAUUUGGAACUAUUUACUAGAACUGGAAAAAUCAUAUCAACCUCUACCCAACUAUAUGAGCAAACAGCCUCAGCUAUCGUGGCAUAUAAGAAGCAUUCUAGUGGACUGGUUGGCUUCAGUCAUGAGCGCAUAUACAUUUCGUAAUGAAACUUUUCAUCUUAGCAUCAAUUAUAUUGAUCGCUUUUUAAGCGGAGCUUCAGUGAUAAAAUCGAAAUUUCAACUUCUUGGAGUAGCAGCGCUACUUUUAGCAACCAAAAUUGAAGAGAUCCAUCCCAUUAAACUGGAGGACUGCGUCUAUUUAACAGACGAAACGUUCACUACGCGCCAAGUGAAAAAAAUGGAACAAAUGAUCGUAAAGCGGCUGAGGUUCAAGAUGCAACCUCCCACAAUAGAUUGCUUAAUUGAGCAUUUCUGCAAGGAACACGAACUAGAUUCGAAAAUUCAACAUUUUGCAAAGUAUAUCGGCGAGCUCGUUUUGCUGGAAGGUGAUCAAUACUUGAACCAUCUGCCUUCCGAAUUAGCAGCAGCAUCUGUUGCAUUAGCCAGAUUUACCAUAUGCGAAGAACCGAGUUGGCCGAAAAAAUUUAAACGGCAUUGCGGAUAUAGCAUUAAACACCUGAGUCCAGUUGUUCAAAAGCAACAACAGAGUUUAGUCGAUAGUGGCAGGAAGCAACUGAAUUCGAUUCAGAAGAAGUACCAAAGCGAUAAGUUCCAUCGCGUGGCCCUAUUGAAACCUCGCAAUUUAAUUUUGGAGGAUUUUCAAGAUGAAGUUUGAGAAAAAUCAUAAGCACUUAAAUGCAAACUAAAUAUUCGGAACUGGAGUAUUUCUACAAUCUGGAGCCUGAAGCCUGGAGCCUGGAGAGUAUUUUAUUUAGAUAAGUCUAUUUUUUAUUUCAAGAUCCUAUAUGUAGUAGAAUCUACUUGGUGUAUUGCUUUUUGUAUACACGACACUUUAAAUCGCAAACUAUAAGGCAAGAGCUUACUUACUAUGCUUUUGUUGGACGCACUGUGCAUAUUUUUGUUUAACUGUUAUAUUUACAUAUUAUUACUGUAUAAUUUAUGUCUGUACCAAAACUUUUUAAACGCUGACUAAUAUUAUUCUAUCUGUGGAUUGAACAGAUGGUUUUCAAUUUAUGAGUAAUUUUUUACCAAAUAAAUUAUUGAACAGUUUUCCUUUGCGCGCGAUAUGGACCAUAUACAAAUGACCAAACUAUAUGUAUGCAUGUAUUUUUUGUACCAUGACUGUAUACUGAUUUAAUAGUUUAAAUUAUCGGGUAAAAUUAUAUUAUCGAACAUUUAAUUAAAACAAAUACAUCUA